AUGGGUUACCUGUUAUCUCCGACAUCACCCGCCGGAAAAUGGAUGGGCUUUGUCACCGCCGUGUGGGUUCAAGCCAUAUCUGACGUCGGAAAAGCGUUUGGGAUCCUCGCUGGUCUUGCCUCCGACCGUAUAUCACCUUCCGCCCUCCUUCUCAUUGGUUCAAUUGAAGGUUUCAUUGGUUAUGGCGUCCAAUGGCUCGUCGUUAGCCAGAGAAUCCAACCUCUUCCUUACUGGCAGAUGUGCAUAUUUUUGUGUAUGGGAGGAAACAGUACGACAUGGAUGAACACUGCGAUUUUAGUAACUUGCAUUCGCAAUUUCCGGAAGAACAGAGGUCCAGUUUCCGGAAUCCUUAAAGGUUACGUCGGAUUAAGCACUGCAAUCUUCACUGAUAUAUGUACAGCUCUCUUCAACAACGAUCCAGCACGUUUUCUCCUCAUGCUAACUGUCGUUCCCUUUGUCGUCUGUCUCUUCGCCAUCGUCUUCCUCCGUGAAAUUCCACCGUCCUCCACCGCCGCGGAAGAAAAAUCCGAAACUCGUUACUUCGCUAUAUUCAACGUCCUCGCCGUCUUCAUCGCUCUUCUCCUUUUAUCAGUUCCGGUGUACCUCGCGAUUCAAAACCUAAUCCGUUCAAACCACAAAACCCUAGACGUAGAAGCAACUGCAAACACAACAACCGAACCUUUGCUUACACAGCAAGAAGAACAAACCACCGAGACUGUGGCGGCGGUGGUAGAUGAGUCAAAGGCAGCGUUAACGGUGGUGGAAAAGAUGCCACCGGUUAUCGGAGAAGAACACACGGUGUUUGAGGCGUUGCAAACCGUAGAUUUUUGGAUUUUGUUCGUAUCGUUUCUCUGUGGGGUAGGAACGGGUCUUGCAGUUCAGAACAAUAUGGGUCAAAUGGGUCUGGCCUCGGGUACGCUGACGUGUCAAUAUUCGUUUCGCUGA